AUGUUUCCUUUUUUUCAGACAACUGGUCUCACUGGAUUAGCGGUAGCUAGCAAUCCCCACCAUACGCUUGGAGCUCUUUAUGGCAAGAUUUUACGAGCUCUUGCCAAAAUGCCUCAAGAUGCAUCUUAUCGAAAACAUACAGAAUUAGUUGUUCAAAGUAGACUUAAAGCGGUUGAGACGCACAAAGAAGUAACCGUUUUGGAAAAUAAAAUUGCAUCUGGACAAGUGGAAGAAUUGAUAAUGCAAGCAGAGAAUGAACUUAUAUUGGCAAGAAAAAUGCUGGGAUGGAAACCGUGGGAAUCUUUAGUAAAGCCUCCACCACCAAAACAGUGGAAUUGGCCACCCGCUAAAAUUGUUGAUCCUAAAGUGUAAUCCAAAUGCCUUAAAAUAAAUGCGAUGAUUCUAAACCCCA